CCCCGGCCUCCCACCACCACCAUUUUCCUUUUUUUCCCCCCCCUCUUUUUUCUGGCGGCGGGGGUGCGGGUGGGGAGGCGGCAGGGUCGCCACCCUGCAAAGUCUCCGAGCCGGAGAUCGCCGCCCGACCCCGGCUCCCCGAGCGGCCAGCCGGCCAGCGCCGCGCCGGCCACCAUGCCCGGCAGCCUUCGCUCCUAGGCGCUCCCGGGGGCCGCGAUGCUCCCCGAGGCUGGAGGGUCUCGCCUCUGAUCGCACCGGCGUUUUCAAAGGCAGCGGCCCCCUCCCCUCCCCCUCCCUCGCCGUCUUUGUCUCCUUCCCCCUCUCUCCCCAGCUCUCCCCACUCCCCCCACCCCACCCCCUCUCCUCUCCUCCUCCUCCUCCUCUCUUUUAGAAGCCGCGAUCCGAGAUGGAUGUCUCUCUCUGCCCAGCCAAGUGCACUUUCUGGCGGAUCUUCCUGCUGGGGAGCCUGUGGCUGGACUAUGCGGGCUCGGCGCUGGCCUGCCCGGCCAAUUGCGCCUGCAGCAGGACCGAGAUCAGCUGCCGGCGGCCCGACGAUGGGAACCUCUUCCCGCUGCUGGAAGGGCAGGACUCGGGCGCGGGCAGCGCGGGCAACGCCAGCGUCAACAUCACCGACAUCUCCCGGAAUAUCACUUCCAUACACAUAGAGAACUGGCGCGGCCUGCAGACGCUCAACGCCGUGGACAUGGAGCUCUACACGGGCCUGCAGAAGCUGACCAUCAAGAACUCGGGGCUCCGCAGCAUUCAGCCCAGAGCCUUCGCCAAGAACCCGCACCUGCGCUACAUCAACCUCUCCAGUAACCGCCUCACCACCUUGUCGUGGCAGCUCUUCCAGACGCUGAGUCUCCGGGAGCUGCGGCUGGAGCAGAACUUCUUCAACUGCAGCUGCGGCAUCCGCUGGCUGCAGCUGUGGCAGGAGCAGGGCGAGGCGCGGCUGGGCGGCCAGAAGCUCUACUGCAUCGGCGGGGACGGCGCGCAGCUGCCCCUCUUCCGCAUGAACGUCAGCCAGUGUGAUCUCCCCGAGAUCAGCGUGAGCCAUGUGAACCUCACUGUGCGGGAGGGGGACAGCGCGGUCAUCACGUGCAACGGCUCGGGCUCGCCCCUGCCCGAUGUGGACUGGAUGGUCAGCGGGCUGCAGUCCAUCAACACACACCAGACCAAUCUGAAUUGGACCAAUGUCCACGCCAUCAACCUGACACUGGUCAAUGUGACCAGUGAGGACAACGGCUUCACGCUGACCUGCAUCGCGGAAAACGUGGUGGGCAUGAGCAACGCCAGCGUGGCUCUCACUGUGCACUACCCGCCGCGCGUGCUGAGCCUGGAGGAGCCCGAGCUGCGCCUGGAGCACUGCAUCGAGUUCGUGGUGCGCGGGAACCCGCCGCCCACUCUGCACUGGCUGCACAACGGGCAGCCUCUGCGCGAGUCCAAGAUCAUCCACGUGGACUUCUACCAGGAGGGCGAGCUGUCCGAGGGCUGCCUGCUCUUCGACAAGCCCACGCACUACAACAACGGCAACUACACACUCAUCGCCCGGAACGCGCUGGGCACGGCCCGCCAGACCAUUAGCGGCCACUUUCUCAGGGAGCCCUUCCCAGAGAGCACAGAAAACUUCGUCUCUUUCUACGAGGUGAGCCCGACGCCCGUCACAGUGACCCUGAAGCCUGAGGAGGACACGUUUGGGGUGUCCAUCGCUGUCGGUCUGGCCGCCUUUGCCUGCGUCCUGCUCGUGGUCCUCUUCAUCAUGAUCAACAAGUACGGCCGGAGGUCCAAGUUUGGAAUGAAGGGGCCCGUGGCUGUCAUCAGCGGUGAGGAGGACUCAGCCAGCCCCCUGCACCACAUCAACCAUGGCAUCACCACGCCAUCCUCGCUGGACGCCGGGCCCGACACGGUGGUCAUUGGCAUGACGCGGAUCCCUGUCAUCGAGAACCCCCAGUACUUCCGCCAGGGCCACAACUGCCACAAGCCCGACACGUACGUGCACCACAUUAAGCGGAGGGACAUCGUGCUGAAACGGGAGCUGGGUGAGGGCGCCUUCGGGAAGGUCUUCCUGGCCGAGUGCUACAACCUCAGCCCCACCAAGGACAAGAUGCUGGUGGCCGUGAAGGCCCUGAAGGACCCCACCCUGGCGGCCCGGAAGGACUUCCAGCGGGAGGCCGAGCUGCUCACCAAUCUGCAGCACGACCACAUCGUCAAAUUCUACGGGGUCUGUGGUGACGGUGACCCCCUCAUCAUGGUCUUCGAGUACAUGAAGCAUGGGGACCUCAACAAGUUCCUCAGGGCCCAUGGGCCGGAUGCGAUGAUCCUGGUGGACGGGCAGCCGCGCCAGGCCAAGGGCGAGCUGGGCCUCUCCCAGAUGCUGCACAUCGCCAGCCAGAUCGCCUCGGGCAUGGCCUACCUGGCCUCACAGCACUUCGUGCACCGGGACCUGGCCACGAGGAACUGCCUGGUGGGGGCCAACCUGCUGGUGAAGAUCGGGGACUUCGGCAUGUCCCGGGACGUCUACAGCACCGACUACUACCGGGUGGGAGGCCACACCAUGCUCCCGAUUCGCUGGAUGCCCCCAGAGAGCAUCAUGUACCGCAAGUUCACCACAGAGAGCGAUGUGUGGAGCUUCGGGGUGAUCCUCUGGGAGAUCUUCACCUACGGGAAGCAGCCUUGGUUCCAGCUGUCCAACACCGAGGUCAUCGAGUGCAUCACGCAGGGCCGCGUGCUGGAGCGGCCGCGCGUGUGCCCCAAGGAGGUGUACGACGUGAUGCUGGGGUGCUGGCAGCGGGAGCCGCAGCAGCGUCUCAACAUCAAGGAGAUCUACAAGAUCCUGCAGGCGCUGGGCAAGGCCGCGCCCGUCUACCUGGACAUCCUGGGCUAGCGGCGGCCGCCCGGCCUCGGCGUCCGCGACGAACAUCUCCACAUGAACUAAGUGCCUGCUACACUGACCACACUGAAAAAGAAAAAAGACAAAAAAAAGGAGGCGCCCCGCGCCGGCAUCGGGCAUAUCCGUCCCCAUAUAUAUAUUUAUAUAUCUAAGUAUCUAGCUGCACCCGCGCUGCUGCGGGACCCAGGCCCACGGCUCUGUGGGGGCCGGAGGGGCCCCCGGAGGCGUCGCCCGGAGGAACGGGCCCCCGGA